AUGGCCUACAUGACGGCACUAUAUGACGGAUCCGUGCCGUUGAUCCAGUCAGGCGUGUACUUCAAAACCGUAAGCCGGUUCACGCACCAUUUCAAGGAGCACGUCACAAAAUACAACUUUCACCUCGAAGACGGAACCGUAUGGCGCCUGUACGCCUGGAGAACAAAAGGACCAGAGCUGGAUCUCAAGGUUCUCAACAACGGUUUGGCCGAGUCUCAGCAUUCGUUUCACGGACUGAUCCAGGUUUGCAAGGACCCUGGCACCAAGGGCGCGGAGGACCUUUUCGACGACGGUGCAGGCGUAUACCCUGCAUCUAUCGACAUAUCCGGAACGGCGGUACGAAAUGAAGGCUCAUAUACUUUCAAAUUCCAAAAGGAAGGGCACCAGCAUGGCGAUCUCUACAUGUUUGCUCUCCCGCAUCAUACUUCGUCGUUUGAUUGGGAAACAAAGAAGCGAGUUCGGGACGUGAAACUGCAAUCACCCACAAAGGGCAUGUCCACGUUGGUCAAAGGCACUUCUUGGACAAUGGUUGAACCUCACAUGCCGGUCGACAUGGGAUUUUCUCCUUGGCACCCAAAAAGAGGUUCAGUGCAUGAGUUGUCGGGCGAGGCCAAAUCUACCAUUCGGGCCGCAGCAGCGAAGGAGCUAACUCAGAACAUGCUCGCCCAAACCAACUUGGACUCGAUGUAUUUCAGUGGAAAGGCCCUUGCCAAAUUCGCAACAAUCUUAUACGUUUUGUAUGAGUUGCUUGGCGAAAGAGAAAUGGCAAAAAGAGGACUUGAUCAAUUAAAGUCUUCUUUUGGCAUUUUUGCAGCGAACAAGCAAAAGUUCCCUUUGACCUAUGAAACUGCGUGGGGGGGCCUGGUUUCAUCAGCGAGCUACGAGACGGGAGACGCCGGUAUCGACUUUGGUAACACUUACUACAAUGAUCAUCACUUCCACUACGGAUAUCACAUCCUAGCCGCUGCGACCAUCGGUCAUCUUGAUCCGGGAUGGGCCAAGGAGAAUAAAGAUUAUGUCAACCUGCUCGUACGUGACGUGGCCAACCCUAGCAAGCGAGACAAGUUCUUUCCUGUUUGGCGCAGCUUUGAUUGGUAUCACGGACACAGCUGGGCUCAUGGUCUUUAUGCCGCGCUGGAUGGAAAGAACCAAGAAUCCAGCUCAGAGGACAUGAUGUGUGCUUAUGCGUUGAAAAUGUGGGGGAAGAUUAGCCAGAACGCCGACCUUGAGAUGAGGGGAAACCUCCAGCUGGCGGUUAUUGCGCGAAGCUUGCAGAAUUACUACCUGUACAAGAAGGACAACGUGGUGCAACCAAGGCAGUUUAUCGGCAACAAAGUGGCGGGCAUCCUGUUUGAGAACAAGAUAGACCACACAACGUACUUUGACCCCAACAUAGAAGCCAUCCAGGGCAUACACAUGAUACCAAUCUUGCCGCCGACGCUGCUGGUGAGGGAUGAGGAUUUUGUCCGGGAGGAAUGGGACGCAUUCUUUAGCAACGGAAGAAUGGAGGGGAUUCAAAACGCGUGGAAAGGAGUCAUUUACGCCAACUACGCCACCAUUGAGCCCCAAGAAGCAUGGCGAUUCUUUACCAGUCGAGACUUUGAGCCACAAUGGUUGGACGGAGGUGCAUCCUUGACUUGGUACAUGGCAUAUUCAGCAGCACUAGGUUGCCUAUGA